GCCAUCUUUGUUUUCACUUGGUUGUGUAGUGGGGAGAUGGGAUGUGUAUUUUGUGAAUCUGGAGCAACUUCAUUAAUUGUUGCAAUUGCUGAACGUGUUCUUAGCUUGACAUAGUUGAAGGAUGAUUGGGCUUGUGACUUUGACACUACCAUUCAUAGGUGUGUCAGGGAGGUAAUUGUAGUUCAGUUGGGGAAACUACGAGGAGCCAAGCAAAAAUUGGAUUAGCCAAUCAGCGGCUGGAGUGGGCGGGGCGAUGACCAUAUAUGGUCAUAAAAUCAGACAACUUCAUCUUUUCAAUGAAUUUUAGCAUUCAAAUGAAAAAAUAAGGCAUAAGAAUGUUUUUUAACCACACAAGGCCUACACUCACCCGGUGCAUAAUUAACUGGCGGCUCUAAAUCGCAGAGUUACAACGCAAGGUCAAACCGUGAUUGGCAAAUAUGGCGGAUUGAAACAGACGCGCCAAAAAAUUUUCCCCAACUGAGUUGGAUAUCGAAGGCCGUCGUUUUCCAGCUGAUCUCACUCUAGCUUGGAGUGGCUACUGGAAGUUGUCCAGCAUGAGCGGCCUGAAGCGGCAGCUCACUGUAGCGCGCCAAUACCUGGGGCACACCCUCAGUCGCACCCUAUCCAGAGGCAGUGUAGCGGACGCCGACGCGACGGUGGACCUCAGCCCGGAGCCGACCGACGCCGAGCGGCCGCUGGCCACUGACUCCACGCACCACUGCGAUCGGACCGCGGCGCUGCCGCCUCUCGAGCGUCCAGAUAUGUCCCGUGAGGUGAGCGUGCAGACGGUGGGCAGCUCUCCGCCGCCGCGCCGCCGACCUGUGGAGGGUAUCUACGGCACGGUGGGCCGCACACUGGCCACGGCAGAGGCGCUGGGCCGCCAGCACUGCCACUGCCCCGCCGCCGCCGCCGCCUCGGCCCCUGUCGCCGUGGAGGCGGACAUGCCGGCUGCCGGGGAGCUGUGUCUCCACUGUCGAGCCGCUGCCGCUGACAGAGCGGCCGAUUCCAGCGCGUCCGGUGGGAGCUCGGGCGGCGCUGCGGCCGGCGCUGCCACCGGCUCCUCCGCCACCGCCUCCUCCGCGGUCCCCGCCGCUGCCACGGCCAAAGCUGUCGCCACCAAGAGGGAGGGUCGCAUCCGGCGGACACUGCGCGCCCUGCGACUGGCCCGAUCGCGAGGCUCGCGAACACGCGGCGGUCGGGAACCGGCGGCGUCGGCGACACUGCGCGGCUCGAGCCCGGCACUGUCGACGGGCUCCGAUCCGCCGCGGCAGCCCAUCAUCGACCUGACGCGCUUCAACCCCGACCAGUACCCCACCGACGACUUCGACGAGCGCGCCCGACAGGAGCGUGCUCGGGAGAUCGCCGAGGGUAUCGAGGUGGGGCCGGGCCGGCCGGCGUCGGCCGUGGUGGCGGUUAGCAGCGCUGCCGAGCAGCAGCAGGCUCCGGCGCCGCAGCCGCCGCCGCCGGCGGCGGUGGCGCUGCCGCACGCCGAGUCGCAGCUGCUGGUCUCGCACUUUGCCCAGCUGGCGACGGACGGCUCGCUGGUGCAGCGCACUGUGCACACAACAGUCGACUACAUCCACUGUCUGGUACCGGACCUGCUGCGCAUCGUCAACAGUCCGUUCUACUGGGGCGAGAUGGACCGGUACGAGGCUGAGCGACUCCUCGACAACAAGCCAGAGGGUACGUUUCUGCUGCGCGACUCAGCACAGGAGGAGUACCUGUUCUCGGUCAGCUUCCGUCGCUACAGCCGCUCGCUGCACGCGCGCAUUGAACAGUGGAACAAAAACUUCAGUUUCGACUCGCACGACCCUGGCGUCUACGCGUCGUCAACGGUCACGGGCCUGAUCGAGCACUACAAGGACCCCAGCUGCUGCAUGUUCUUCGAGCCGAUGCUGACGCGGCCGCUCAAUCGGACGUUCGUGUUUCCGCUGACGCACCUGUGCCGCGCCGCCAUUGUCUCGUGCAUCAACUACGACGGCAUCAACCAGCUGCGGCUGCCGCGGCCGCUCCGGCAGUUCCUCAUGGAGUACCACUACAAACAGCGGGUGCGCGUGCACCGCUACGAACUACCCGACUAACGUGUACCACCGGCGCUGAUAAACUGAUCACAGCUGGGCCAGAGGCCGGCCAGAGUGUCGAUACACUGACUUUUGCCGGCGUGCCCGUACUGAAACGUCCUUCACGCGGCUUCUGCCGCGAGUGUGCAGACGCGCGGUGCGGUGACUAACCGUGGCGCCUCCCGUGAUGGCUUCCCUAACGCAAAUGCGUAAAGACUGGUCCAGGUGCAAUCCUGGUGCGGCGUGGCCGCGAAUAUAGAGCCCUAUAUUUGAUGUAACCUGUUUUCGUGUACGGAUGUUAGCUGUUUGCGCUGUGUUUUGCAAUUUGCUGGCUCGGUUAUGCGUCGCAGGCGGUGCGUUAAUCACGAAUACCUAUCACAUAUUGUGCUGGUGAUAUGCGAAUGUUGUGGCAGAAUGGCCUGCAAAUGUUUUGGACGAAUAACUUGCAGUUGGCCUUCCGGAACAUGAUUAAUUCCGUGUAUAUGAAUGAGUUGGGAGUGUGUAAAAUGUUUUGAAGUAUGUGAUUUCAAGCUUUACUCAAGCCUUCCGUAAUUUCAAUCUGUACAUUGGAUUAAUUCUGUGUUGUACAGCAGCGACGUGGAUUGCGAGCAACACUUAUGGCUUGUUUCGAAAUGAGCAAACUGAACAAGAAAUAUACUGUUCACACCUUA